CGACACAACCCGGAAAUCUCUUAGCCAGCUGAACGGCUUUCCUAGAGCGGAAGUCGGGAUUCCUUUCUGCGCAUACGUACUUCUGCCCUCUGCUUCUUGGGUGCCGAUUGCUCUGUUAGCGCUGCUUCACUUUGGCUCCGGAAAACAGCGUUCUGGGGAAGGGGAUGCGCGACCCGAGAAGAGGAGGAAGGCCGCCACCUCGCGAGUAUCGCCAUGGAGGUGGAGGAGGCCUUCUCUCUGGUGGGUCAGAUGGGUCCCUUCCAGGUGUGGCUUUGCGUCUUGAUGGCGGUGCUGCUCCAGCUCUAUGUAGCCAGUGAAGCUCUCCUCAUUGCACUAGUAGGAGCAAUACCACCUUAUCACUGGGAUCUUGAAGGAAUACUACCUAAUCAUAGCCAUAGUAAUGACACAACUAUUGAAGAAAACAACUUUAGAAAGUGGCUUCUAACAGCCAAUUGGAAUGACCUUCAUAAAUAUGUACAUUUUAACAAGAAUUUUACAUCAAUAGCCUCUGAGUGGUUUUUAAUUGGCAAUACUUCAUAUAAGAUCAGUGUUGCCAGUUCAUGUUUCUUUGGCGGUGUGUUUGUUGGAGUAAUUACUUUUGGGCAACUAUCAGAUCGUUUUGGGAGGAAAAAAGUCUUCCUUAUAGGUUUUGGCCUUGACAUUGUAUUUGCUGUUGCUAAUGGAUUUUCUCCUACAUAUGAGUUUUUUGCAGUUUCUCGUUUCUUGGUUGGAAUAAUGAAUGGUGGAAUGUCACUGGUUGCUUUUGUCCUGUUGAAUGAAUGUUUGGGAACUGCUUAUUGGGCAUUGGCAGGAUCACUUGGUUGCCUCUUCUUUGCUGUGGGAAUUGCUCAGUAUGCUUUGUUAGGAUAUCUCAUUCGCUCCUGGAGAUUAUUAGCAUUGAUGGUUAACCUGGAGGGAGCGGUAGUCUUUCUCCUUUGUCUAUUCAUUCCUGAGUCACCUCGUUGGUUAUAUUCACAAGGUCGGCUCCAUGAAGCUGAAGAUUCUCUCUACCUCAUUGCAAAGAGAAACUACAAGCCCAAGUGCACUUUUUCACUUAAACUUCCAACUGCAUGGAGUUGUAAGGAGUCUUGUAGUAUUAUGGAUCUGUUCCGAUAUAAGAUCCUUUUGGGACGUACUCUGGUCAUGCUGUACAUCUGGUUUGUAUGCAGCUUGGUUUAUUAUGGUCUUACUCUCAAUGUGGGUGAUCUGGGUGGCAGUAUCUAUGCUAAUUUGGCUCUUUCUGGUCUAAUAGAGAUUCCUGCAUACCCACUCUGUAUCUAUUUGAUAGGCCAGAAAUGGUUUGGCCGUAAACGGACUCUUGCUGCAUUUUUGUUUCUAGGAGGACUAGCCUCUCUCCUUGUCAUGUUCCUUCCGCAACAGAAAGCUACAGGAGUAUUUGCAAUUGUGAACAACCGUUCUUUGUCUUUACUUGGAAAACUAACUAUCAGUUCAGCCUUUAACAUUGUGUAUAUUUACACAUCAGAACUCUAUCCUACCGUUAUCAGGAAUGUUGGAAUGGGAACCUGUUCUAUGUUUUCACGAGUUGGUGGAAUUAUUGCUCCUUUUGUCCCAUCUCUGAAAGUUAUAUAUUGGUAUCUGCCAUAUGUUGUGUUUGGAGUGGCAAGUGUGUUAGCUGGUUUUCUGAGUCUCUUACUGCCAGAAACCCUAAAUAGCCCACUGAUGGAAACAUUAUCUGAUAUACCAGUUUGCUCAUAUCGAAGGCUUGAGGGUGAAGCCAUGUCACUGAAGAUCUUAGAAGAUUCACAGUCUGACCAAGAUUCAUCCAGGACCGAAAGUGACAAUGAAGAAUUCUAUGAUGCCAGUGAAGAGACUCAGAUGAUCAAGUGAGGGAUCCCUGUUGAAUAUUAUGCUCUCUUUGUGGAAAAAAAGUUGGAUAAAUCUUACUUAAGUGCCAGGUGCAAUUGUGACAGUAGCAAUAUGAUAUUGUGCUUUUAAGAAAAAAAUAAAUUAUGAUUUUAAAUUAUCAGACUGUAAUAGAAGACUAUGGCCACCAGGAGGCUCCCUUGAUACAUGGAGCUGACUGAUUAGGACAGUAAGACAUAUGCAAGUGAACUCUAGUUUGAAUCAUGGCAAUCCAUUUGUUAUAAAGCCAAAUCUUCAGCAUAUAUUAAAAUCUUCUUUGCAUUUUGUUUUUGUUAAGUGAAUUUCAUGUUUGUUGCACUUUAGUUUUAUUUUACUGUACUAAAAAUUGACCAUGGAAAGCUAUAAUUAACUAUUGAAUAGGAAAAAAAAUGGUUCAUAUAUUGCAAGAUGUUACAUUUAUACUGUAAAAUCUAAUGCUGUAUAUAAUACAGAAUUGUGUGAGUGUUUAGGAUUUUAUAGUGUGUGAUAAUGUUGCAAAGAAGAGAAAUUUGUAAGUUGCAAUGAUUGAUACUAUAAAAGGCAACUAAUCAUACUAUGAUCCAUGACAUCAUUUUUCAGAUAUACUUUUAGUUAUUGCCAAAGAUUCUCCUUGAUUUCUUUCAACUUAUUGUAUUUCCACAUCUGGGGAAAAAUGGGUUCUCUGUCCACUUUCAUCUUUGUAUUUGUGUAAUAUCAAGGGACUACAGAAAUCUUUAUGUGAAUAUAAUGGAAUAUAUCCUUGAAAUCAA